AUGUAUUCAUCCACGGUCGACUCUUCAAAUUUUUCUACUAGUUCCAAUCACCAGACACAAGAGAAUACAUCGGAAAACUCACAUAAAAAAUUACAGGAUAAUCUCGGAGCAUCUACUUGGGCUUUUAUGCACACGGUUGCUGCACAAUAUCCGAAAAAACCAUCUCCGAUUCAACAACAUCAUAUUAAACAAUUAUUUGUUAGAAUUGCAGAGUUUUAUCCUUGUCGAUGGUGUGCCAAGGAUUUUGCGGAUAGUAUUAAAAAACAUCCAAUUCGAGCAGAGAGUCGGGAAGCAUUGAGUAUAUGGCUUUGUGAGAGACAUAAUGAAGUCAAUGAGAAAAUUGGAAAACCAAUUGUGCCCGAUUGUAAAACAGCUUGGAAACGAUGGCUAGUGGAGGAUGAUGCAGAAGAUGUCGAAGAAAAAGUUGAAGAGCAUAAAAAGCCUGAUUUUGUUUCUAAUGAUUUUGAUUGGCUAGACAGCAGUGCUGCUGAAAAUAAUAACCAAAAUGGAGGAGAUAUCGAUUUUGAUACACCCUCAAUGGAUGACUUGAUGAAGGAUUGUAAAUUUUGUGAAAGUACCAUGGGAAAAGAACGAUAUGACAAGCUGAAAUCUUUAUUGAAUAAGCGACCUUAA